AUGGACUCCGGAGUGUUCGCGUCCUCUGCGCCGCCGGCCGCCGCUGGCGUGAGGUGCGUCCUCCUCAUCAAGUUGCCGCCCGCCGUCGCUCGCGUGAGGUGCGUCCUCCGCAUCAGGCCCCCGCCGGCGUGGACGCCCCAGGAGGACGCGCGCCUGGAGAACCUCGCCAGGGAGCACGGCUUCCGCCACUGGCGCGGCGUGGCGGCGCGCAUGCCGGGCCGGUCCUCCAGGCAGUGCCGUGACAGGUGGCGCCACCACCUCGCCCGCGAUGUCUACCACCGCCCCUUCACCGCCCAAGACGACGACGACCUCGCGCGCCUCUACCUCCGCCACGCUGGCCGAUGGAAGGACAUCAGCCGCGCGGUGCACGGCCGCACCUCGCGUGUCAUGAGACGCCGCUGGAAGGAGCUUGGCGGCAGCGACGCCUUCCUGAGCAAGCUCUGGCGGCCGCUCCCGACGCCAGCCGAUCAGGACGUCAGGAUGGAAGCCCACUCGGACUCGUCAACGUCCCUGUCGUCGCAGGAGCCGCACGCCGACGCUGUCGCCCCUGCCGUCGCCUCUUGCAGCCUUGGCCGUGACGCCAAGGGUGCCGGCGCCGGCACGUCCCUCGCAGCAGGGUUCACCUGCGUGGCCAUCGUUUGA